UUCCGGUUCUGGUACUUUCUAAGGGGCUUAAUAAAGGUGUUGGGGGACAGCAGCUGACGAAGCGGACAACUAACCUCUCGACUACUCAUAACAUAGCCUGCGUUUUUAUCGUUUGCUCCGUGCUUCCUUAGGAUUUCCCUCUCUUUAACAAUUUUGUUUUGUACACUUUAAAUAUCCCUACUCGUUCCGUUCGCUGUUCCUGAAUAAUCUCAUGAAUAUUUACAUAACUUCAUCGACGCAGCAAAUCAGCUGAGCUCCUGCUGCAUACGUUUAUGCACGAAUUUACAUCUGUCAAUCUCUGAGCUACUGACCGCAUCCGCAGUUUAUCGGAACAUCUCAGUUCUAUCAAAUCAUAUAAAUUCUGUCAUGGCCAAAUGGGGUGAGGGGGACCCGCGCUGGAUCGUGGAAGAAAGAGCAGAUGCGACAAAUGUCAAUAACUGGCACUGGACAGAGAGAGAUGUCACAAGCUGGUCUCAAGAUGUAAUAAAUAACCUCCUUCUUGGGAUUCGUGUAGAGGGUGAAGAAGGCUCAUGCGAAAUCACAGAUGUCAGCAAUAUAGAUGGCGAGGCCUCCAUCAACAACCGCAAAGGGAAACUCAUCUUCUUCUAUGAGUGGAUUGUUAAAGCCUCAUGGACAGGAACAAAUAAAAUUGGAAUCAAAUAUAAAGGCACUGUGGAAAUACCAAAUCUCUCUGAUGAAAAUGACAUGGAUGACUUAGAUAUCAGUGUUUCACUAUGUAAAGACCAGCCAAGCACACCGCUGACUGAUCUCAUGAGGAGAGAGGGAGUCAAGAAAAUCAGAAUGGCACUGGGCAACUAUGUCAAACAUCUCAAAACAGAGUUCUCUCAGGGUAUGAUUUUACCAACAGAAAAUGCACUUAACACACAGAAUCAGGAGCCACAAACCAAGGUCAAACUGAACAACACCCAAAUUGGGUCCUCCACGACAGCUAACUCUUCCAACACUGGAGUCAAAAUUCAAACAGUGUCUUUCAGUAUGAAAGAUACCUUCCUUACCUCACCAGAAGAGUUGUACAGGGUUUUCCUAAACCAAGAGAUGGUACAGGCAUUUACACACCUUGCUGCUUUUGUGGAUGGGUGCUCGGGUGGCAAAUUCCGACUAAUGGAAGGAAAUGUUUACGGACAAUUUGCAGAACUGAUUCCAGACCAGAAAAUUGUCAUGAGAUGGAGGUUUUCAAGUUGGCCUGCUGGGCACGCAGCAACUGUCAUUUUAAACUUUAUGAAUCAAGGCAGUGAGACAGAGCUGAUUCUGGAGGCCAGAGGAGUUCCCAGCAAUGAGGAGGAAAGGAUGAAAGAGGGCUGGCAGAGAUACUACUUUGAUGCUAUUAAACAGACUUUUGGUUAUGGAGCACGACUCUGCUAAGCCAAAGCUCAUGCCAGAAACUCAGAACAUAAUACACAUAGAUUAUAACAUCUGUGAAUAUGAAACACUUGUGUAUAUCCUGCCUGCACAAGUUAGUUGGACGCCCACAAACACCUGUGCCUUCUCAAUGAAAAAAAGUUGCCUAGAUUCUUUUUGUAUUUGGUAUUGCAUUGAAUUAGAGCUUAUGUCAUGUUUGAAUGUAAUAUGUAUGUUUGAAUGUUAUGUCUGGGCAUACUGAACAAUUUUAAACUGAGUGUUUUAUAUGUGAUAUUUCGUUUGCCUGUGAUGAAGUGAAAGUCGAAUUAAUUGUAUGAUCAUGAUACCUCUUAAAGGGUUAGUUCACCCAAAAA